AUGCUUGUUAAUAGUAUUACUAACUUCAACAAUCAUUCUGAUAAAGAAUUGGAUCUUUUAAGAUACACCAGAGACGAUGAGAUAUUGGAAACAACGAAUGAACAAAUAAAGUUAAAAUUGGGUCAUAUUGGCGCUGCUGGAACUCUAUCACACGAAGAUAAAAUGCUAAAUGUAUCACUAGAAGAUCUUUAUGAAAAUGGAAUAAUUGAUGAAAGAAUUGACAUCGAAAUUUCAUCUCGACCAGGAUGUGGUUAUUCAUUUGAAGGCGCAGCAGUUGCAGCCGAGAUGUUUUAUAAGCAAGAGAUUCGUGCAUUCAUUGGUCCCUAUUGCUCUUCAGAACUGGAUGUUGUUGCAAAAAUGGCCUCUUUCUGGAAUGUACCAGUGAUAUCGUAUGCAGCAACGAGUGGUUUGAUUGAUAAAACCAUUCACCGAACUUUGGCCAGAGUUUCAUUUACAAAUAUGAACUCAAUUGCUGAGGCUGUGGCUGCUCUUUUAGCUCAUUACAAGUGGUUCAAGGUAGCAAUAGCAACAAAUACUGGAGCUAUCGAUCGGGUGUUAAUUUUGGAACAAGUGUUAAAAAGACGACAAAUAACUGUGGUGAAAAAAGUGAUAUUCGAGAUGAAUUCUACUUCGGAGGAGAUGAUUGCAAGUGGCCUGAUCAGUCAACUUCGCAGUAGCGCUAGAAUUAUCAUUUGCUCCUUCUCAUCAAUGCUGCAAAUGAGUAGAGAGUUCAUGGCAGCAACCUAUAAUGUCGGUAUGCACUCAAAUGACUUUGUCUAUAUAUUACCGUGGAGUCGGGAUGGUAAGGUAAACAGUGUGCCCUGGGUUGGUACCGCUGGUGAAACCAUGCAAAGAGAUAAUAUCUAUUCCUACUUACACAUAUACGAUGCAUUGAUCUUAUAUGCAUAUGCCGUACGAGCACUCCUCAACGAAACAAACGAUCCUUCGGCAUUGAGUAAUGGGAAACUUAUUUGGAACAAGAUGAGACGUGUGAAGUUUGAAGGAGGCACGACAGGUUCAGUUAUAAUGGAUGAUUUAGCCGAUCGCGUGCCAAAUUUAGCAGCUUUUUAUGUGCCAACAAAUGGAAAGAAAAUUUUGAAAAUUGUUAAUAUGAGCUCGAAGUUGAGACCAAACUGUGACGGGAUACUCAGCAAGUUUGGAUGUUAUGAUUUGUUGGUGACGGAUGUGAUAACAGGAUUCUGGCCUAGCCAUGAUGCUUUGCUGCCUCUGGACGAACCUAUUUGCGGUUUUCGUGAUGAGAAAUGCUCGUACCUGAUAGAAAUUAUUUCUGGCAGUACACUAAUUGCACUUGUUAUGCUUAUCUUGUUAUCAUAUUAUGUUUAUCGAUGCUGUGAAUCACGAACUCUGCGCAAAAUGCCUUGGCGCAUAUACAAGGACGAUGUAAAAAUACUAGACGACGAACAGCUGAAGUCAUUGAAGUCGAUCGGAAGUUCGACUACGAGAAUGAGUGAAUCAAGUAUCGGGCAAAAAAAGCAUGCACUUGUUGGCGUUAAUACUCACGUCACUUAUCAUUUAUAUCCACAACGACGUCCAAUAAAAUUUGGGCGAGAAGAUUUAAAGCUUCUCUCGCAAAUGAAAGCGGCAAUACACGAUAAUUUGAACACAUUUAUUGGAUUGGUAUUUAACCAAGGCGAAAAUGUGUUUAUAAUUUGGAAAUUUUGUUCAAGAGGAACAAUACAAGAUAUCAUUUAUAAUCAAAAUUUGACCCUGGAUGAAAAAUUUCAUGCAGCGUUUGUUCGUGAUAUUACGCAGGGUUUAGAAUACUUGCACACAUCACCCAUUGGUUACCAUGGAUCGUUGUCACCAUGGGCAUGCCUGAUCGAUCGUAAUUGGAUGGUAAAGUUAACUGAUUUCGGGAUUGCAAAUUCGAUCGAACGUUGGGAAAAGCAAGGGUGGAUUUCACAGAACGCACUUACUUCAGAUGAUGACAGAAGUGGGCCUACACAAAGAACAUCUGUACUUUAUUGCGCCCCUGAAAUGUUGAAAAAUCGAGAAAUAAAUCGGCGAUCAAUAAAGGACGAAGAUUGGAAAAAGCAAUCGAAAAUUAUUCGACAAGCUGGUGAUAUUUAUUCAUUCGGAAUGGUCAUGUAUGAAAUCCUUUUCCGCUCGCUGCCUUACCCGGAAAAUAUAAAUAUUAAUGAAUUGGUAGAUACUAUAUCGGAUGGGAGCAGAACAUUUCCACCGCGUAUAAUUCAUUCCCGCAAUGUGCAUCCUGAUCUAUGUGCGCUUUUGGAAGAUUGCUGGUCCGAAAAUUUGGAAGUCAGGCCGACAAUACGACGAGUUCAGUUGAACACAAAAAGAGUCCUAGAAGUAAGAGGCAGUUUGGUUGAUCAAAUGAUGUCAGUAAUGGAGCAAUAUGCCACGAAUCUGGAGAAGCUGGUUGCUGAUCGAACUGCAAUGCUUGAAGACGCAAACACUCGAACCGAUAAAUUACUAUCACAAUUACUUCCGCCGUAUGUUGCAAAUGAACUCAAACUUGGUCACUCCGUUCCACCCAAAUUAUUUGAAAUGGCAACGGUGUUAUUUUCGGAUAUCGUUGGUUUCACAAAUAUUUGUUCCUCUUCAACACCUUUGGAAGUUGUUACGAUGCUAAAUGGUUUAUACAGUGGCUUUGAUGAGUGCAUUAAUCGUAGUGGUGCAUACAAGGUGGAAACAAUUGGCGAUGCAUAUAUGGUUGUUUCGGGGAUACCCGAGGAAAAUGGUACCAAACACAUUCAAUGCAUUGCUGAUGUCGCACUGGAUAUGAGAGAUUACCUGAAUACCUAUCAAAUACCACAUCGGUCAGAUAAGCUACAGUGUCGCUGGGGUUUCCAUACUGGUCCUGCAGCUGCUGGGGUUGUAGGACUCACAUCGCCUCGCUAUUGUCUUUUCGGUGACACGGUGAAUGAAGCAUCUCGAAUGGAAAGCACCAGUUUUCCCGGUAAAAUACAGAUCAGUUCGGAUGCUCGGAAUUUCUUGAUGAUUCAUUACCCGUUUUAUGCAUGUCAAGAAAGAGGGAAGAUAGAAAUAAAGGGUAAAGGAGUUCUACAAACAUACUGGCUGGAAAAGAAAUUGGAUGAUCAAUCAACGAUAAUCAAUAAUACUCCUAGUGAUGCAGCAGUGUAA